AUGGGGGAGGAGGGUGCUAAGGACUUUGGGCCCGGAAUAAAGCCCGAUGUCAACUUCCAAGAUUCAAAUGGUUCUAGCUCAGCGGGCCAAUACGCACUUCGGCCUGCUAGUAAUCAUGCGAGCAACGGAGCAGGGCCGUCCAAGAACAACCAAUCCCCCAGGACGGGCCCGCAGGCCUCCCAGUCCAGAAACUUCGAGUUCGUGUUAGUUACAGAUAAUGAGUCUCGGCGUCAGGUACGCCGUCAUGCUAUGCGUCAAUAUAUGCAUCAGCGGCGCUUGGACAGCAUUGCUCGCCUAGGGGCAUCCCGUAUACCUGUUAGCGGUUGGACCACCCGUCCUCCCUCUGACAGUCAUGUAUCAGACACUUCUUCCCGCGUGGAAGAAGUACAAGAGGAGACUUAUGCAAAGGUCAAAGCAGAAUCACCGACUAUGACCGAGGAUCAAAAUAAUACAGAACACACUAGAAGACCCUCACGGUUACUGAUACCAAAACUGCACAAGGUUAAACGUGAGGAGGAGACUUCUCCUCCGAUUGCUGAAUACACAACGUCUGACCCUCGCGCGUCUCCUGGAGAAGGAGGCAGGCGAGAUCCCUUUAGCUGCUAUCCGAUCUCAGUUAACCAUGUGGAUCAUGAGUUGAUCCAGCACUUUGUGGUGACUUAUCCGUCCAUGAUGUAUAAAUUCGCCGAAUCUAUUGCGAACAAUCCAUUGAUGGAGAUAUUCCGACAAUUCGCAUUACAUGAUGAGCUUCCUUUUCAAGCCAUGCUUGCCAUUGCCUCCAAGCAUCGUGCGGGCGUAGAAGGAAAGGCGGAAUCUGUCCAGAGUCUCACCCACAAAAUGCGAGCGCUGCGACUAAUGAAUGAACGCAUCCAAGCAGACUCUAUGGGUCAGCAUGAUGGGACUAUCUAUGCUGUGGCUACUAUGGCCGUUAUUGAGCUGACACCGUGGAGAAAUGGUCGAAGGAUGCUUCAAUAG